AUGCGAUUAUUGUUAAUUCUGCCCUAUCUACUGUUGUUAGAGGCCCGAGAACUAACAAGACCAAAUUCUAGUGCAGCGGCCUUGGCACCAGCUACGAAUCAAAAUCAGUCUUUUGUUGAGAAAUGGAGAGAUUUUGACGAUGCACUAGCCAAAAGAAGGAGAGAAUUGUUUAAAAAGUUGAAGAAUGGAACGGCUACCGCCGAACCGCCGGGGAUCGAACCAGGGCCACCAGCGAUACAAAGAGAUUCCUAUCAACAUGUUAUUGAGGAAACUGAAGCGGCUUCUUUUGUUUCGGAAGAUCUUCCAACGACACCAUCUGGGUUAGCUGUUGCAGAGACUACAACUUCAGCCUCAUUGGACGUCUCAAUAGAUGUUGACUCCAACGACUCGUCAAAGAAAAUUCUUAUUUCAGCGACAGGGGCUACCGUAGACGCCAGCUCUACCGAGUUACUAGAACUGAAUGCUAUGAAAGAAAUCGAGGUACCGACCACUCCCGGAAAGCCGGUGGAAGAAUUGGAAGAUUGCAGCGAAGAUUCCGACGCUACGGAGAUCGGGUUUGAAGAUGCGGCAUUUUCCAAGCGGGCUGUUUUAAAGAUUUCCGGUGAGGUCGUGACAAAGAAGCCGUGCCGAUUACAUGGUGGUUUGAAGGCAGUGCAACCGCCUAACGACGUAUCAAUCGAGGCCAGCAUUCAAGAAGUGACGUCAUCAGGGCCAGGCUUGGAGGCUGAAGGUUCUUCAACAGAAGUGGAGGAGGUCGAAUCUUCCUUAGAAACGGAUACGAAGAAUGGACCCACUACAGAAGUGGCUUUUGAUGAAGCUACUUCCGGCACCAACAACAUCUCCGAACCUGCCGACGAAUUGGUCGAAUUCACGCCGACGACUACCAAUACAAAUUCCGAAUCAAUCCCAGCUUCAACCAUCCCCAUCGAAUCCGAAAUCGCCAAGGAAUUCCUGCAACGAAAAGCCAUGGAAAAAGACAGCAGCACCGAAGACCCAUUUGCUCUGAUCGACGCCGUAAAAGCGGGUGAUAAGGAGAAAAUUAAGGCGAUGACAGAAGAAACGACAGAAGAUCCGAUUGAAACUGUGACCUUUGAAGAUAUAUCAGAAGAUUCCGGGGAGAAACUGGUUACGGAAAGUACCAUCGAUCCGAGUAGUGUCACGGAAGAUCUGGGGGAAAUGGGUGAGGUUACGGUGACUACGGAAAUGCCGGAAGUUCCUGAAGUCGCGCCUGAGGUGGCCGAAGUUCCGGAAGUUGAUGCGAAUACGGUAACUGCCGGAAAUUCCGUCUUACCGGAUACCGUAGAAACAUCUGCAACCGGAUCUUAUGAUAGUGUAGCUACAGGGCGGUCCUCCUCUCCGGAUGGCGUACCCAGUAAUGGAGCGGAAAUUCCGGAAACCGCCCCGGCCCUCGAAUCAGAAAUCCCGGAAAUAGCGACGACGUCUGAAAUCCCGGAAAUUCCGCUCGACUCCACAGUAUUGACCGAAAUUUGGGAAAAAUCGGGAAAUACGAUAAUUCCCAUGGAAUCCGAAGCGACGGUAAUACCUACAGCACCUGUAGAAGAAACAGCAGCACCGGUAGAAAAUCGUCCACCCGCUCCUGCAGCUUCUGCCUAUGGCGACAACGAUGUAGCGGCAAUUAAUGCAACCCCAGAAAAAUCAGCAGAAGCCGCAUUCAACACUGAUGGCAUUUUUGACAAUUCUGUUCUCGAAGGCAAGAACUGGACCAAACCGACAAGAGGCGCUGUUAUUGGCUGCCCUCCACCCAGACUCUGCGCUAAGAAUUGUUUUGUGAUGAUCAACGAUCAGGGCUGCCAGGAUUGCCAAUGUUUGUGGAUAUCGUUGAGCUGCGAAACCGACACUGAUUGUCCGGAAAACGCGCAACUUUGCGAUCUCGGAAAAUGUGUGUGCCGACCAAAAUGGGAGCAAGACAUGGCGAGGCCUGGAUUUUGUAAAGUGGCAUCACCGAAGUCUUAUGGAAUACCACCAAAUCCUCCAGCCCGCUUCAUGGCCCAGCAGCGAGCCCUCAGAAGCGGCAAAUUUCACGUGAAAUUCCGUGACCAACCUACGACCACUACGGCGUCGACCACCGCGCCCGAUACGAGGAGAAAGGAACCCACAACAAUCCCAGUCAGCAUGUACUUUUUCGGAAGAAAUGCGACGAGGAGUAAAAGAGGAGUCAAAUGGACUCCAAAACCCCGACAAAGCGAGCGGUUGCAAUGGCCAGGUCCUUGUGAUGACAACAACCAAUGCCCGCGGGAUUUGUAUUGUAUUGAGGGAGAUUGCUGGAGUUUACCAGACAAACCAUUAAAACCAUUUGCCCUUCGUGAAGACAACAAUCGAAAACAAGAUUUUUCGGACAUCGCUUCCGGUGGCCUGGACCACUUCCAGGAUAUGCUUGGUGAUGCGGACAGCAGUUUUCAUGGAUCGUUUCCGGAUCGCCCAACGAAAACCAAGCUGACAGCUAUUCAGAAAAUUGACCGGAAACCGAGGCCGGAGCCAACCGAGGAAGAAAUUAUCACGUUGCUACGGCCGGCUUCACAAGUCCGGAAUUCUGAGAACCGGAAGAGUUGGAAGCUGCUUGAGAGAAGCAGAUCAGAUAGAAGGAGAGCCCCUCCCCAAACCACGCCAAGCCCAAAUGAUGUCGAAACGUCCAAAUCGAGCUCCAAAAAUCCGCCCUCUUUCGAGCUAACCGAUUCCGGAAAUCAUGAUAAUUUCAUGGAGAAUUUCUGGAAGCAAAAAUUGCAUAUCGAGGCGCCCAAUAAAUUCCAAGCGCUCGAACAGGAAGAAGCCGGUCUACCUAGUCAAGCUGAUAUCAAUGAUCAAGAGCCGGGCGUUUGGUACGAGGUGCGACCUGGGGAAUUCCCGCGGAUCGGGCCACAACCCCGGAAAAAUGCGAAUGUUCCAAAGAGAAGUGAGAGGAUGUUCUACGAAUAUACAAACUCAAAUUUGUUGAACAAACCAAUCGUCGUGAUGCGCGAGAAUGGAUGGGGUACCGUCUACGACGAAUGCCAUCGUGAUUCCGAUUGCAGCCCACGUACGAAGUGCUGCGCCAAGAAGUGGUGUGAUAGAAACCAAGAAUGCGGAAACGCUCAUUUCUGUCUCCCCGACUGUACUAUGACCAAAACCGUUCACCCGGACGAUGGACGCCGCCCGCAUAUGGACCUGAUUUACGAU